ACAAAAGAAGAUUAGAAUGAAGAAAUUAAUUUGAUAAAUAAAUUAACGAACAAAAGGAAGUUAAGUUGUAAGAAAGAUGAAAGUAUUACAAGAGUGAGAAAGAUAUGUUAUCGAGUAGAUAAAGAAGCAGGGAAAGACAGCAAUGCAAUGAUUGUGGAAGAAAAUCGAGUCGAGGGGGAUAAAUUGGGGUCAACUGCAUGAUAGGCGAGAGGGAGAAUUAGAAAUUAGAAUGAAUGCAAUCCCGCGAGACGGCGCUCGGAUCGAGCGCAUCAAAAAAAUUUUCGGGAUUUCUCGUUGAUCGAGUUACUUGGUGCGCACUUUUAUACAUGUAGGGGGGUUUGAAACGCACGCACGGCACACACGCGCUUAUUCGCGCGGCAGUUGUCGGUCUUCUUCGCUGCCGGCAGCGCGAGAAAGACGCGAGUGCACAUGCAAAGAAAUAACAACAAAAUCUCAUCUUUCGAACUAUACUCUUUUGGACUUGGCACUCGCGUUUAUUGUCAUCAUUUAUAAAAAAAAUUGACAUUCUGGAUCUUUUGUUAUGAUUUGCAUCAACUCGAGAAAUCUCGCGGAAUUUCAAGAAGCUGGAGGAGCAGUCGGGCACGGGUGCGAUAGACAGGGCAACUCCAUUCUGGAGGGAGGCAGCGGCACCGAUAGGGCUGGCGAAGCUUACGGGGUCGGCCCCAGGGGCGGCAUCAUGGACUCUCACCAGCAGCAAUUCUGCCUCAAGUGGAACAGCUUCGGCAGCAACCUCGCCACCGCCUUCUCCAAUCUCUUCAAAAGCGAGAGCCUCACCGACGUCAUUCUCUUCUGCGAGGGCGUCACAUUCAAAGCACACAAGCUGAUUUUGGCGGCAUGCAGCAAGCACUUUCAAGAGCUGUUCGAGGGCAUGCCACCGUCGCCGGCUGGCCUCAUAGUCAUCCUCGACGGCACGAGCGCCCAGAACAUGGCGGCCCUGCUCGAGUUCAUGUACCGCGGCGAGGUGCAUGUGUCCCAGGAGUCGCUCAGUUCCUUUCUCAAGGCUGCCGAGUGUCUGCAGGUGAAGGGCCUGUCGAUAGAGCACGAGAAGCUGGCGGUGGCGCAGAGGCACGUGGCGGCCGAGGGCACGAGCGGCGCGGCGGGCGCCGAGGCGCACCAGCACAACGGCGGCCCCGGCGUCGGCAGCAGCGGCGGCAGCGACAGCGCCAGCAGCUGCAACGGGCCGCUCACGGGCAGCAGCGCGGCGAGCAAUAACAAUGGCAGCGACGCCAACGACGACAACUCGACUUGCCUGCUCGGACGGGGCUUCAAGCGCAGGACGCCCACCCCGGCGCCGCCCUCACCGGCGCCCACCUUCAGCCUGCCCAACGUCUACUCCGCGGCCCACUUCUACGACAGCCCCCAGAAGAGGCUAAUGAGGUCGCCGAGCGACGUGGACAGCCUGAACAGGGCCUCGGUGCUACGGGACGGCGCGGCCUUCCGUCCGGCUUCGGCGCCGCAUCCAAUGCAGCUGGAGACUCACAUGUACCAGGCGUUCAACCACCCGGAGACCCCGACCCAUCCGCACACGGCGCCACACACGCCCACCGAGCUCGAGAGGGAGCACGAGCGUUCGCGCUCCGAGGAACGCGAGCGCAUCAGCCACGAGAACAGGGACAGCGGUGCCGAAGAUCUGCGAAUCAAGCAGGAGCCGGGCUCGUACGGCGAACGAGAGCGCAGCAACGACAACAUGGCGGAACGCGUCUCGGCCGAGGCAUACUCGGGCAACCGUGGUGCCUACAACUCGGUCAACUACAACAGUAACGAGCACCUGCAACACAACCCUGCUGCCGCGGGGAUACCCAAUCGAGUGCCGGUCCACCCACCCACACCCGACCGUAGUCCGGCACCACCCACUCCUGCCCUGUGGAAUUCCAAGAUCAACAAAGCCGGCACUGUCACCACGCCCGACGGUAAAAAGCUGAAGUGUCCGUUCUGCGAGAGGCUGUACGGGUACGAGACGAAUCUGCGGGCGCACAUAAGGCAGCGACACCAGGGCAUCCGAGUGCCGUGUCCGUUUUGUUCGCGCACCUUCACCCGCAAUAACACGGUGCGUCGGCAUAUAGCGCGCGAGCACAAGGAGGAGCUCAACCAGAAGGCUCUGCAGGAGGCGAACCGCUUGGUCUCCGACCGGGUGGCCGGACAGCAGUAGCCUGCGUCGACCCGCGGUCAGCCAAGGCGCCGCGCGCCUCAGCCCGGCAACAGCUGCGACCACAGUGACACCGUCAUCGGUAACAACAACAACAACAACAACAACAACAACAACAACAACAACAACAACAACAACAACAACAACAACAACAAUAACCACAACAACAACAGCAACAAGAGGAGCAAACUGCUCACGGCCAAAUGACUGCCGCGGCCAGCCAGCCUAGCCCCAACCGUCACGCCCAACUUACCGCGCCCCCUGUCCACACUCAUGCACACACACACACGCACACACGUGCACACACACACACGCACACACACCUGCACACCUGAAACUAGUCAAUCAAAGUGCAACGCCAGUAAUCGACUGAUAAGAAGAGGAGACAACCAGAGCUACCACGGUUUAUGUGUGCGUGAAUGCCGUCGAUGCUGCUAUUGCUUCACUGCGAAUUAACAAUCAGAUCCCCAAUGAAUACCCACCCACUUGUGCUUUUGUGAUUCUCAAGCAGAGAGCUGACAAACGAGGAUAUUCGGAGGUUUUAUGCGACUUUAUUAAUGCGCGCGAGCUAAUAGUGGAGAAUCUAUCGUUACCGCAAUAAUUACAAAGACUAUAGUUUAUAGAUAUGCAUGAGAGACAGAUGCAAGAUCAUUUGAUAAUUAUUGAUGAACUAAACCGAGCUGCGAUGAAAAAGAAACCGAUUAAUAUGAUCCUAGUUUUUUAUACACGAUAAAUAGAUGAUUAUUGUAACGCCGUUGAUAUACAUACUACUGACGCCUAUCGUGCCGUUGAUAAACGCUGCGGUUUUGUCGCAACUUUACGAUACGCAUUGUUCUUUCGUUCUUCUCUACCGAGACAAUUAUAUUCAUGUACAAAUAGACUUUACUUACGUUCGUUCUACAAGUCAGAAACACCGAUGACGAUCUCGAACCGCGAACGAGAUGCGCACGGUGUCAAAACAUAGAAGAAGACAAAAUACCGACAAGUCAACUGACUUUCUCGAAAGAUACACGUACACGUACACACACACAAACACGUGCAUACACACCUACACAGAGGCAUACAGGCGCACACGAAUGUCACACCUCGAUAGAUUUGUUGUAUUAAACGGGCGGAACGAUACGUACUCGGAAUACGUAACGCGGAGAGACAAAAAAAUGACAUGAACGGGAAAGAGAUAAAGGAUAAUGUCAGUGCUAAGUGCGAGCGCAGACUCGCCGCGAGAGUGAGGCAUAGAGAGAGGGAAUGUAUACAUACUAGCGUUAGAAUCUUAAGGACGAACAGAAACUAGCCACGUUAUUGAAGCAUUAAAGUAAUAAUAAUAAUAAUAAUACUAAUAAUAAUAAUAAUAAUAGUAAUAAUGAAUUAAUGAAAAUGAAAAGGAUGCAUUGGAGGAUGAUAAAAUGGCGACAGGCGCGAUUGUCGGUGAUGAUAAGCUCGAGGCUCGAACUUUCGUGAAGGAUGAGUUUGUUGAGAGGCGGCGCAAAUCGAUAACUAAGACUGCAAUAUUUACAUAUAUCGACUGUUUCCCUACGUGCAAUAGUUAAUGAUAGUAAGAUGAAAAGACGAUGAUUAUUAUUGAAUAUGCAAUGCAGGGCGCCUUUAUUACGCGCGGUCCGCUGUCACGCGGUGGCCCGACCGCGGCGUAACGAUAAAACGUUUUACCUGAUAUUUACUACUAAGCUAUACUUCUACACAGACCAAGCACGCAGUUUAUAAAUGAUGAAAUAUAUAUAAUAUAGGUAUAUGGAGCUAUGCGUUUACUCUCUGUUUUUUCCUUAAAUGAUGACGGGUGAUGAUGACGAUUUUGCGCCUCCUUCACGAGACUUCGACGAGCGCCGACAAGUGAUUCGACUCGGCAACGAACAGGCCAAUCGCCAGCUGUCUGCCGAUAACUAAACAUAAAACAGAGCAUAACAAUCAAUAUCAUUUUGUUAACUAUUUACAGUGUUUAAUGAAUACAGAUAAUCGGACUUUUGUCCGGAGCAAUAGUGAAACGCGAUUUUUAAUAGGUGAUAUUUAAGCAAAGACACAAAGAGUAUAAUUAAACAUAGUAGCCGCCGGAUCGCCAGAGAAUUAAAUGAAAUAGUUAUUGAACGAAAUAAGAUUGAUGAUUUAAUCGGCAAAGAGUUAUAAGACCUUACAAAGUGCUGUUCUCGCGCGAGCGCGACACCCGGCCACCUCGGUGCAACCAGUGGCAGGGCUGGCUCGGCGAGUACCUCUUACAAAUGUCGCUGCCAAUUCAAGUCCUUGAUUUUCCAAAUUCAUAUCAAACGAAAUUAUUCGCGAAACAAUGCAGAAACGAUCAGCCCCCCCCCCUCCCCCUCUCGCCCCUUUCGUGAUUCACUUUGGCUCCAGUCAGCGAUUUAUUCUCAAAAACUGAUUUGAUCAGUCUCGCACUUGCGUGACUAGCGACCUUUUUGAGUGACUAUAUCUAUAUAAUAUUAUCAUGUAUCAUGUAUAUCAAAUCAAGGGGCGCGAUAUUGGACACUGUUUUCUAAAACAGCGAUAUAUGUACUCGGUAGCUUUAGGAUGAAUUAGCGAUUAGACGAUUGUAUUUUACACGGAAGCUCAUUUAUAUUAAAGUUAGGUAUAUUCCUAGUCAGGAUGGCAUCGCGAUAUUAAUUGUUGCAGUAUUUACACGUUUUUGAAAAAGAAUAGAUUAUUCUUUUUUUGUUUCCUCUCAAUAGUUUUUGUUACAGAACGAUUUUAUAAUCGAUUCGCACAGAGUUACCUAACAACGACAUGCCUAUAAUAGUGAAGAAAAAAAGAUAAGAACGUUAUUUAUAUCAAAGACAAUAGAGACAAUAGAGAUUUAUUUAAAGCUGUUUAUUGAUCAUGAUGAUAGGUAUUACAAAGAGGCAUUUUUUACAGUCAUGAACCGUGAUAAAUAAAAAACUAACAAAGUAAUAUUAUACGAAUUAUAAAAACAGAACAAUAAUCGAUUAAUAGUACCAAACAAAUACACAUAGCACUGUAAACAUAAAAUCCGCGCGCAGAUAAUUAUUCUGCGCGACUCUGCCAAAAGUAUGGAAUCUACUACCUCAGAGCCUUUUCAACAGAACUGAUAGUCAUGCAACACACAAUAUAUGCGUCACAUUGAUAUUCAUUGUAUUUACACGUACGAGCAUAUGCCAUCGUAAUCACACUGCAUAAAGCACUUGAUUUUUUUUGGAAUACGCAAGUAGAACUAGUAACAAUUCCUUUUUUUCUGUAGGUCAAAAUACUUAGAUUACCAGCACUCGACAUAAAAUAGCUAGUUAUAGAAUAUUUAUUUAUGUUAUCAAAGAGUAAAUAGUUUGUUAGACAGAUUUUAUUUUUACAUUUUUGUAUUUAUAACAACAAUGACUUGAGUGAUAUAGAACAUUAACUCAAAACACUCGGCAUUCUUAAAGCCGGAAAAUGCAAAAGAAAUAUUCUUUCGUUAAUUGAAUAUUCGGUUUCUCAUACCAAGAAACAAAAUUUAUAUUUUAUUUACAAUUCGGUCGAUCGCUUUCAUUCAACUUAAGAAAAAUUAAAAAGGAAAAAAAAAACUAAAAAAACAACAUUAAAAAAUACGAAAAAAAUUUCUUCAUAAGAAUUAUUAAUUCCACGUCCGCGAACAUAUAAAAACUUGUAUAUUACUAUAUGCAUGUUGAAAUAUAAGUAUGAAUGAUGCUGCACUAUUUUUACGAAAAAAAUAAGGUUAGAAAUUUGAUUAAGUCAAAAUACGCAGAAGUGGAAAGUUUCUAUUUACUAAAAUAUUUAAUAAAACUUUUGAUCUACAUUUCCUGAAAAAACUAAGCAAAAUAAUAAUCAUAAGCUGGAGGCGAAAAAUUGGAGUGCGCUAAAAUUGAAGAAAAGCAUUGAACAGUGUUUAAACAAAUUUCCUAGCCACAGAGACAGGAUAAAAUUGUCAGGAGUGGGUAGACAAAAAUAAAAUUGAAUGGACACGAGAUUUGUACCAGGCAUUUGAUUUACGAAAUUAUUCGAUAACGUUCGAAGAUAAUUCGACAAAGCCGGUGUACCUAAAUUAAUCGUACUAUACCUGUAUCGUAAUUUUGACACUUAUAAAAACUUCUUGACAUGUAUUCUCGGACACGAAAAAACACGUGCGAAAUUCAUAAAAUACGAGGGAGAGAAAAGUGUGCGAAAAUGACAGUCAAUCAAAAACAAAUUGUCAUGACGUUUAUAGUUUGUACAUAUAUUAUUUCUUUUUUUAAUUUUAAUUCAUAGGAUGAAUUAAAAAAAAAUUUCUAUUCAAGUGUUUUAUGAAUAUUAUUCAUAUUAUUUUUCAAGCGCUUUAUAUUUCUCUGUUGAACGGAGAUUGAAUUUCAUUGAACGUUAGUUUCUUUUUCAGUGUAACUGAAAUUACAUUUGUGUUAAUUUUCUAAUCUUUGUUUAUAAGUUUAUUGAGUUACCACGCGAGCUAAUCAUUUACCUUGUUUACUUUUAUGCAUUAUACUUUUUUACGCAUGUGGAGUUGAUUUAUAAAUUACGCUAACAAUCUGCGAGAGCUUUUCUCCUCUCUCUGAAAAUGUGUCGAUUAAGUGUAUAACUUUACGAGAAUUUUGCGCUUACUAUAAUAUGAUUUGCUAAUUUGUACAUAGACGUAUAAUUAAAGUAACUUUAAUCAUAAAUUCACGUAAUUUAAUGCUUUAAUGGGCGUAUUUGGCGUUUUCUAUUUAAAUGAAUUCACCUUAAAUUUAGGAACUAUUAUAUAUAAAGAAAAAAGAAGAAUCGACACAUUUUCUAGUUUAACAGUAAUAUUGUACACGUAUAAACAUACGCAGUUUAAUUAAAAAGUAGCAUAUUUGCAUCAUAUGUUCGAGUAGCGCGCGCUAUAAUGUCUAUUAUAACAAAGAAGGAAAUUUUUUGCGUGUUCGUGAUGAAUCUAAUAAAACAUAAUUUUUGGCAUAAUACAAAAGAAGUGAAUGUAAAAUUAAGAUUGCGAAUGCCCGUGUAAAUGGAAAGUAGCUAAGAUGAAAAGUAUAUACUGCAUUAAUAAUAACAAAAAUAUAAUACGAUAAGUAUCAAAAGUUAUUAUAAUUAUCGCAAAAAAAGCGAAAACCGUUGAGACGUACGUGUAUAGUUAUAUUGUAAAUGUGCAUGUGAAAAAUAUCUAAUUUGGCAGUGCGGCCGGCAUAACGGACAAAAAAAAUAUCUCUCCCAUUUCGUCAUCUCGUUUUACGCAAUUGCAAGAGCGCAAGCCACUGUUCGAUGAAAAGAGAACACGUUUCGGAAAUGUUUGGGAGAGAACGAAAAUUCGAUUUAUGUUUUGCUGUUCGACGUCUCGUCUACCAAGACAUUUUGUUGUUUGAUUUUUCAUUAAAAAGCAAGCCGAUCUCUUAACAACUGUUUGUCGACGACUAAACGCUGAUACAUUAUCACGGACGCGUGAAAUGACACUUGAUCAUAAUCUUUGGCGCGAGAUGACUCGUAUUUGUUGGUUUUUCAAUUCUGUUUUUGUUAAUUAGUUCAAAGAGUUAUUGAUGAUGAAGCGCGUUGGGCGGUGAUAUUAAGAGAAAUAGAAGUCACGCUAACGUAUCUGUGCGGAGCUGGACGAGGACGGGCACGGAGUGGUGCAACGCGACAGCCCAAGCUAAAGCUCGCGCAACUCGCGUGAUUUCGGUACCAGAGGGAAGCGUCUCGAGACAAAGAGGUCGAGGCGCGGAAAAUUGUUCGGCUAGUCUCGGUAAUCGUUCAGCUCGGCCGAUCGCACACCAAAGCCUGUCUCGGGUUUGUGAUGGCGUAGCGACAGGCACUGCGCGCAUAUACGCGUUGUGAUCUGCAAGUUCGCGCGCACGUGCCCCUCGCCUAUGUAUAUAUUUAAUCAAUCAACAUUUAUACAUGAAUUUAUAUUAAUGGCAAGAAUUGGAAACAAAUCGCGCGCGUGGUUGCGCGCCGUGAGCUAGGAAACACGGAGCUAUAGGUGGGAACGGCGGUGUAUCUUGAGAGCUUGGCCCAAGCGAGCAAUGUAAUACGCUAUAGGAUAAUAUGUUGCAUGUUGUUUAUAUAAUAUGUGUUUUUGAACGGAUUCAAAAUCCUUGUAAUUGAUGUCGUGGUGGUAUGACACAUCAUGGACGCGUGCGCGCGCUUCAUUAGGCGAAAGGAAACACACGUUCUUUGUGAUUUUUUCUCAAAACAUGGAUACCAUACGCGAGUGCAACGUUGCUCUAUCGUUUGAGUAUCCGGCAGAGACCUCCUCUUCUUGAAAAAUGCAAAAAAACAAAAAAGAAAAAAGGAAAAAAACGAAAAAAAAAGUGAAUUAAAAAUGAAAAUUACUUGCGCGCGACGUCCGUAUGAGGAAAAAAUAAACAGAUAAAGUCUCACGUACGUAUUAAAACAUUGGGAUUGGCGGAAACGGGAAAAUCAUUGAAUUUCUCAAAUUUCGACAAAAUUCGACAUUGAUGUGAAAAGGACAAACACGUCUGAUCGAAUGACGGAUUGAGAUGACGAGAAACAAAGAAAUUUUAUGCUUGAAACUGAUGACGCAAAAAAAGUAUCGAGUAUUAAUGACGUAGAGAGCGAUUUAUAAUAAUCCUUAAAUAAUUGAUAUGGUCACUAUGCGAACUUCACGCUCACUCAUCACUAGAAAAGAUUGGUCACCUAUAUUCACACGCAUACUCACACACGCACAUACUCAACUACACGUAUAUAUCAAUUGUUUUCAAUUUUUUCGUUGGUUCGAUUACAAAAGACACGCUAGGUAGGAAAAAAGCGUAGGAGAGCCGGUGCCCUUAUUAUAUGGAUGGUAGGCGAGCGAAGACUUGAAAUUCAUGUCAUUGCGACCGUCGAUCGAGUUUCUCGACGAGUCGACCGUAUGGUGAUCGAUGUAAUUGAACGAUUAAUGUACACAGCGAAGGAAAACAAGAAUCUUAUUAGAACGCCGUGCUCGUCGCGAUUUCCAUUGGGCUUUCGCAAGAGUUAUAAUCUACGCGCAGAAAUGAUCAUAGAAACUUAUUUUACGACAGUGAUAACGAUUGAGUAUUUUUAUUGCAGAUAUACGUAAAUAAUAUAUUUAUAUACGAAUAGUGAAGCUCAAGAUGGAAGUCGCAACGAUCGGCGGCGAUCGGACAAAUCAGUUUACCGUCAAACCGGACUUUAAGAGAGUUUUCAUUCAUCACUUCAUAAACAGUGCAUGUUAACGUAAAAUCUUGACGUGAUAACUGCGCGCUUAGACGCUGCGUUAUAUACUGUAAUAGUGUAAUAACAUAAUGUUUAUAAUAGCGAAUACGAAGGUGAAAAAGUAAGAAAAAAAAAAAAAGAAAUGAUGUUUGAUUGUAGCGGCGCGGGAUUGCGAUGGGUUCUUAUGUGGGGCAGAUGGUAAAGGAAAUAAGAAAACAAAUCAGUCGGGGGCCAUUAGCUCGACCGGCAAAUCAUAGUACAAAGUAAUCGUAAUUAGAUAAGCUAGAACGUUAAUCUGAAUAAAAGUAAAGAAAAAGAUCAUGUUUGCGCGGGAAGGAGAUGUGUUAUAUUAUUAUGACUUGUCUGUCUACGUACGCGAUGUAUGCGAGUCCAGAAAAUAACGGAACGAAAGCGUUCGUUUGCUUAACAUGGAAAAUGUGGUCGAGUGGUGUUGCCGAUGCACACGUCGAUCGAAUUCUAUUGCUUUUUUUCUCUCAACAGUACAAUUUUUAUGAUACUUGUUAUACUAGACUACACUGCUACUGCCGUUGUUAUGAACAGUAUUCGAUGUUACAUUUCGCUUGUGAUGAUUUACAGUUGUGAUUGUUAGUUGUUAACUAGAAAAGUACGAACGUGUCUGUGAGGCAAGCCUGCUCGAUCGUGUGACUGUUCUGCACGUGUGGCAAAGCAAAUGAAUAAAUUACCAAUAACAUACUGUAAUAAUAUUUGAAAAAAAAUACACGAGUACAAAGACUACCUCAAGUAAUGAAGAAUAAAAUAUAAUCACGACUUACAGGGUGCACACCGAUAUAAAUAGCUUACAACGUCUCUAAAGAAACAAAUGAUCAUAAUAUACGUAUUAAUUUUAUGCGCCAAUCUAAUUACAAAGCAACACAAGCGCUACUUUGCGAUCUAUUGUAAUAAUAAUAGUAAUAAUAAUAAUAAUAAUAAUAAUAAUAAUAAUAAUAAUAAAAUAAUAAUAAUAAUAAUAAUAAUAAUAAUAAUAGUACGAAUGAUAUCUGACGGUGAUAAACAGUGAUACUCUGUCGAUACCACGUUGACGUUUAAGUAUAUUCACGCUAGAGUCAAGAGUUAAUUAAUGAAGAUAAUAAGAUUAUUAAUGUUUAUAAUGAUAACGAUAAUGACAAUGAUUAUUAUUGAUAAAUGAUGCUUUAGUAAUAAAGAAGGUGAAAUCGAGAGUGCGCCGCGAUAUUAUAGAGCGCGAAUUUUUUCAAUGUUCGUCCGCUCGCCUCCGCGCGAAUCCUCCUCUCACGUAUAUAGUUGGAAACCAAGUACAAACUACAAAGUAUAAUAGUCUAUAAGUAACGUCAAAGUUAAAGAUGAAUUUUUAAUAAUCAACAUUUUUUUCUCAAGUAAUAAUAUCGAUGACGCGAUGCAAUAGCCAAGUAAGCGAGGUCGCCAAGCGUAAGUCCGUGUUCAACGACGAGAUUCUCAUUUUUCGACACUUAGUACACUCGACGAUGUAGCGUCGUCGUCGUCGUCGUCGUCGUCGUCGUCGUCGUCGUCGUCGUCGUCCUCGUACGCGAGACUGUUGCAAGCGUUCACACUGCGCGCGAGCGUACCAAGCCGAGCCGAGCCGAGCCGAGCCGAGCCGAGCCAUUUCAGAAUCUCAUGUCGGGCUAUAAGUUGUCGACUUUCAUACGGAAACACGCGCGUGCGUCAAGUUAUCCCAAACAAACGAUCUCGAGAGCGGACCGUACAUGGGCAUUGCCAACAUGACGUAACAUUUAAUUAAGCGUAUACGAAAGCACUUUACCUCGAUACUUGUAUUCGCGCCUACAAUCGGUUCCUCAUAUUUAUUUAUCCCGAAUGAAUUUUUCUUACUUUUAAUGUUUUAUCUCGAUUACUAGGAUUACUCUUAAAGUAUUGCGGUUUAGUGUUGUUUUCUUUUCCGCCAGACUCUCAACUGUGUGAUGUUUAUAAGUUUAUUCCGUCGUGUUGUUUCUUCGUUAGCAGGCGUCGAGCUUGAUUAACGUCCCCUCCGAAACUCAACACAUCGACAGCUUUUCAUUCACUCGAGUUCCCUCCACUCAUAUCAGCUAGAAUAUGUACAUAGAACCGGUUAUAUAUAUUUAUUUAAUAUUUAUGUUUUCUAUAUGCGCUGGACGCAAGCAAUUCCCGUAAACCCGCAAACUUGCUCCGUACGUUGUGAUUCUUAAACUAAAAAUGCCCCCGGCCCUCCUGUCCCUUUCGGACACGACAUACACGAAAAAAUAUGUCAAGAUAUACGCAAAGAAAAUACGCAAAUACGCAAGCGCGCGCUCAGCGAAAAAUACAUUAUAUAUCAUAGUACACCGUAAGUUUAGCUUUAAGAGAACAUGCUUGUUUGAUAAAGCGCCCCACAAUCCCGUCGUCUCGCAAUGCGACGAUCAAGAGCAAAGUAAAAAAAAAAAAAAAAAAGAAUAUUAAUGAAAAAACUGCAAGUAGAAAGAACCUUCAAUUUUCGAGAAAUAAUAUAACGAAAGAGUAAUUCGCUAAAAAUUUUUAAGUAAGUAAGAAAUUAUAAAGAGUUGUGAAGGGAGCUGUAAGUGGGAACGUAUACUCAAUGUAAAAUGACAUAGAACAGGAAGUAAAAUUCUAGAUUUUACCUGGCUUGAUGAAUGAUGCUGAGCAAGGAAAAGAAAUUAUAAAUGAUAAAAAAAUUUAAAUGUAAGCGAAGAAAGCAAAGAAAAACGCAAAAAUCUUGUCUUUUUCGACGAUCACUUGAUUUCGAAAGUUUGAACGAUUUUCACGUCUAGCUUGUCUGUUUAUUCCUUUUUCGGACGGUCCCUUUUUUCAACUUUGUAUUGUGACCUGCACGUAAUUGUAUGUUGAGUAUCAUUCCUAUAAUAGACCGACGUUGUGCGAUGUUGCGUUGCACUUGCGACUGCAGGCGUUGCGUGGAAAGCGAGGCGGCGGUCUGUCGCGGGGCUGUCGCUCGUGUAUUGUAAAGCCUCGAGCCUCGCGAUCGCAGCACGUGCAGUCGCAGGUCAACUUAUUUGUUGUUUCCUCUCUCGAUACCGAGAAUAUGGUUGAAGAUUAAGAGAAAGAACGAGAGUUAUCUCGUUGAUAGAUAAAUAUUUAAUUUUUUUAACCGUUUAAAAACGUAUUCAAUGCCUUAACAAUAGCAACUAAAUAGUCACCUUCUUUACGAAUGUUAAAACUCAUUUUCUUCGGAUUAUUCAUUCACACAUUUAGAUAAUUGAGAGAGGAAAUUCGGGAAAGAUAAUGGAUGAAAAAUGGUGUAGCGAAAAUAAUGGUUAGCGCUUGAUUUCAUUUGGAAACGUAUGUAAUGCAUGAAAAAUUAAAAGGUGACACUGUUUAUGUUAAAGAUGACAGGAAGCGUAUCUAUUGAACGUAAUGGCGGGGAUGCGUGAAAACUCAUCCGCGCGAUCGCGUGCGAGCGAUCCCUUCCGGCUAGCGAAUUUGUAUUUUGAAAAUACAGAUGACCACCUCUUUUUACAUUUAUGGGAAUUUACGUUAUUUAUGCAGGCGAAUAGCGAAAGGAAGAGAGAAAGACAAAUGAGUGAGAGUAUGGAAAGAAAGAGUUUUAAGAAAGGAUGUAGAGCGCGCGAUUAAAAGUAUGUGAGAUGAACAAAAAUAAAGAAGACGGAGGAGGAAACAAAUGCGGUCGAGGGGGAGGAAGGGAGACGCGCGCUUCUUCCAAAACAGAGCGAGAAGUCAUCUCAGGAAAAUUUUUCUUUCGAGAGAAUCCCAGUCGAACCAGUCCAAAUUCUACUUUCGGAUGUAUUUUCGAGUCAACGCAAACGGCCGUGUCUCCCGAUUGAAGGUGGUAGGGUCUGCACGUUAUAUCGUGACGAGUGUAACUCACCUUUUUUGUUUGUAUAAAAAUUCAUUGAAAUUUAAUUAGGCUAUUGAUAUAACUGUUUAAUUACUGUAAGAUGAGAAAAACUUUA